AUGACCAUUGAUUUGAACAAUUUACCCGAUGAGAUUCUUUUCCUGGCAAAUAAUGAGUUUUAUGAAUUUAUAAAAACAUGUCUCGGUGAUGACGAAAUGUUACUAUUAAAAAUUCAAUCUAUCAAAAGCAUUCGAGCACUACUCAAUGUUCCAGAUGUCUUAGCCGUGAUAAACAUCAAAUGUAAAGAACUUGUCGAUAUUAAAAAUCGUAUAUGUUUUAUCGACGAGAAUAAUAAUAAUCGAUUUGUCGUCAAAUCUGGAAUCAAAGGUGGAAUUGACGAUUUAUUAUCUGUCUUGAAAGAAAAGCAAUCUGAAUACAUCAAACGAACAAAGCGUUUGAAAACAUCAUCUCGUUCUUCAAAGAAUAAUUAUACGUCAACAGGUACACAUAUGCUGAAUUCAUCAAAUACAAUUUCCGAUGACUUAACAGUAGUACCAACAGCAGCGAGCGGAACAUCAAGUUUGGAUUCUGUUAAUUCUGUAUUUACACCACCAAUACCUACCACAGUGUCAUAUUCCAUGUCCAUCAACGAUUAUGAAGAUUUGAUUUCAAGCAGCAUUGAGAAAUUCUCAUUGAGUACAUUGGGAAACAUAACAUUACGAAACAAAGACGAUUAUACAAUAUUCUUAAGCGUCUUGGAUAAAAAUGUUGAUGCAUACAUCAAAUGUAAAUGCAAUUCAUCUAUCAAGAUUAACCAUAGAUCAAAUACAAAUUCAUUUCAAUUGUCACAGUUUUUCAAACAUUUGAAAAAUAGCUGUUAUCUUAUCACAAAGAAAAAACAACAAAUCAAUUCAAUCUCAAGGGAAAUGAACAAUUCGUUAAAUGGAUCGUCGCAAGAUGAUAUAUUGGAAAGUGAAGGUUUGGAUGACAACGAUCUCGCUUCUGCAAAUCUAAGUGAUCUUUCUGAAACUGAAACAAAUAACUCGGUCGUCAAAAAAAAACGUUCUUUAUCUCAUUCGACAUCAUCAAGAAUUACGAAACGAUCGAAAAUAUGA